ACAGCUGUGACCAUGAAUAAAAGUGAAUGAAUGUCAGAACGUCCAUUGCAGUCCUUUGUAAUACUGCCAACAUAAUUCAAGUCCGUGAUUGCCAAUGUUAUGUAAUGAAAAUGCAGUGGUAAAAAUGGCGAGUGGAAGGAUGUUAGGGUGUAUGUUUGCGCUGUCGUGUGAAUUAAAAAGAAAAUUGUGAUUUGUACUGUGAGAGCUUGAAAUCAAUUAUUUCAUAUUUUAAAAUUAAGGUUGAAUUUUAGAUAAUGGUCAGUGAGAAAACAGAUAAUGCUUCCACUCAAGAAUAUGUUCCUGCUUACUGUAGGCAUGACGCUCCUUGUGUUGUAUUUUGUGUGGGCUUCUCAACUGACAGAAGUUGCUAGAAGGUUUGCUCACCAGGAAAAUGUAUUUAUGUGCCACAUUACAUUGGAGGAUUCCAGAGGUAAGCAGUUCACAGGCCUUCCAAAAAUCUAUUUUGUUACGCCAACCUAUCCUCGAAGGGAACAGGCUGCUGAGUUGACAAGACUGGGUCAGACCUUGAUGCAUGUACCUGAUAUACACUGGAUUGUUGCAGAUGACAAUCGAUCUUGCAAUGCAAUGGUAGUAAAACUUUUGAAGAAGUUUGGAAUCCCAUUCACCCACAUUGCCAGUCCAAUGCCAGAAGUGUAUCGCAAAGCCAGCAUUGUCCCAAGAGGUGUUGCUAACAGAAGAGCAGCUCUUAACUGGAUACGUAAACAUGCAGAGAAAGGAGUGAUCUACUUUGGUGAUGAUGAUAACACAUUUGAUCUGAGGUUGUUUGAAGAGAUACGUGACACCAAGAAAGUUUCUAUGUUCCCAGUAGGUUUGAUUGGAGAUUAUGCUGUGAGUUCACCCGUCCUGAAGGAGGGAAAAGUUGUUGGUUUUUUUGACUCUUGGCCAUCUAAGAGGAAGUUCCCUGUUGAUAUGGCAGGAUUUGCCGUAAAUGUUGAAUUUUUACUGACCCAUCCAAAUGCCACAAUGCCAUACAAAGCAGGAUAUGAAGAAGACCACUUCUUGAGAAGUCUUGGCUUGACAUUGGAAGACAUAGAGCCAAAGGCUGAUUCUUGUACUCAGGUUUUCGUAUGGCAUACACAGACCUCAAAGAGAGAGCCUCCAACAAUCAAAAUUGGAUCGCAACUUGACACAAGUUUGAAAGACUUGUUGGAAGAAAUUACAUCCUUGGGAAUGGCACGCGUAAGUUCAAGUUCUGGUGUGAAGAGUUACAUUACGAAGGAUGGCAACACAAAAACCCUUUGAAGAAGGAAACACGAAAUUGUAGAGUACCUUGUAGUGUGAUAUCAGAGAAGUAAAAUUGUAGUAAGUUUAUUGAUCUAUGGAGGUGCCAGCUCAGUCAGUCUGUAUGAAAACAGUGCUCAUCUGCCUCAAAUUAAGUUGUCAUUGUGAAUCAGAACCCUUAUUUAUAUUGGCAUAAAACAGAAGUGGCUCUUUUUUCAGGUUCUGGGGUGUGAAUAAAAAUGUUUGAUAUGUUAAGUAUUAGCAGUGCCAUGAGAUGUCUGAUGCACAAACUAAAGAACAGACAGUAGUUUCUUCAUAGAGCAGCACAAAUUGCAGUAUGCAGUUAAGAAUAAAUGGCUUCCCAUAACAAGUAACUUGGCUUUAUAAUGCAUUUAAAUCUAGAAGUAUAGUUUAUGUAUAGCUCACAUUUGAUAGUGCCACUUUAUUAUGAAUGUGGAUUUGAAUGUGAAUGUUCUUAGUCAAGUAUUCUAUCUACUCAAUUACACAGCAUAAAUGUCUUUUGAAAUGUAUUUACAUGCGGGGCGUGUGUCUACUUCAUUUGUAGGGUGAGGAGAAGCGGUGUUGUUUUUGUUAAAAGUUAUCCCCUUCAAAAUGAAAAGCAUAUAUACUUGUAUUUCAGAUCUGAAAGGUAGGAAAAUUAUUUUCACACAGAUAACCCUUUCGUUUUGACAUUAAUGUUUUUCUGAAAGUUCAAGAAUAUACGUUAUGUGGAUGAACUAGUCAUACAUGCAUGUAUAUAUUUAUAGCUACUGUUAAUUAGUAUUAAAUUUGCUUCCAGUCUGCGCAGAGUUGAAUUAGUUUGAUUUUCUGAUUGAUUUGUUUGAAUUGCUUGAAGUAUGCUAGCAGGUAACAAAGUGCUUAGAAAGUCAGUCUGCUUUAUAAUAUUGUAUAAUAUGAUUAAUAUAUUGAAGUUCAUCAGAGCCAUGGAUUCGAGUGACAGUUCUGCACCUACCACACAUUUUUGCUGUUAGGUUUUUCAGGCAUUAAAAUUGUAUAGCUUAUAAACUAAAACUAAUUAAUGUAGGUAAUUAACUGAGAUUUGGACCAAGUCUGAAGUACUGCCUAAAUUUCUUCAUGUGUGUUUGUAUGUGCAUGUGAACCCCCAAUUUUUUGGUCAGGGGAGUUAUUUGUUCUUGGCAGUUCUGAAACAGGAUGCUGUACUUUUGAAUGGAUUCUGAACUCUAUGGCUGCCUCUUCCUUUCAGUAGCAUAGAGGUGCAGUCAGUUGUACCUUUGUAUACAGUUUCUAUGCUGUUUCUUCUUCAUGGAUCUCGCCUUGGGUGUUCUGUUGAUGCCCUAGAAGGUGUAGCUAUUGGCUUGGUGAAUGGACUUGACUUGUAGUGUGGAAGCUUUGUUAGACUUACCAGAGACUGUUGUAGCUCUUUUUAUUAGGGUGGUUUUGACAGACUUCUCAUGAGCCUGUAGGUGUACUUUUCUUCACUGCUUUCCUAUCCAUGUGACCAGUAAAUCUUUUUCAUCACUUCUUUUCCUAACCACUGUGUAGCCAUAAAACAGAAAGUAAAUCAGGAUGCCUUUACUAAUCAUGUGACCACUAAGAACAUUUAGAAAAAAUCUUUCCCUAUAAUCGAAUUAUCUAGAAAAAACUCCUUCAUCACCCCUUCUCAACACAUGGCUACACAAACUUUAUCAUAUCCUAUCUCCAGGAUUGUAGCCUUUGACCCUGAGGGCAGGGUAGCACUUCAGUUUAACUGAGUGGAGGGUGUUGCUAAAGAUUGAAAGCGCAAACUAGCUCUUCAAUAUAGAAACCGUUUAUUAACAUAAAGGGCUGCUAGUCCACUGAGUCAAUGAUGUGCUGGGAUGAGAAUGCAUAGAGAGACUACUGAAAUUCAAUCUAAGUCCAAAAGAUGAUUCAGAUUUGCAUAACAGCUGCCCAUGAGCUUCUUGGAUAGAAUGUCCCCUCACUAGUGUCCAGUGCUGGGUAUAUAAAUUCAACACACAAAAGAGGGUGGUACCAUGUCUUCUGUUGCAUGCGUAUGUUCGCUCAACAUGUACACCUUAUUAAGAACUGUACAUUCCGUUAUAAUUCUAGGCAGUAGUCGGGCAGUUGCCAUAACUGAGGUCUAUUUCCAAGCCAUAACCCUCAGGAAACAUUGGUUUAUCACUGCACCCCUGUUCAGCACUGUCGUACACUAACUUACAGAUGUGCUGCCCAUUAAACUACCGAACACAUAAAAUUAUCAACAAAGUGUUAAAACUCCAGAAGGGAGUCAUGUGAAUUUCUCCCCAAUACAGUGAUGCAUAGACUGCCUCUGUGGUAUAGUGGUCAGAGUUCCUGGCUAUUGAUCCAGAGGUACCGGGUUCUAUUCCCAGCGC